CUAAAUUAUAUACUAUCCAAAUUGCGAUUGUUAUAUCAUUUGUAUGGGGACAAAGUCAAGCAGUUCAUGAACUUACCUGUAAUACAUCUACAUCUCUGAACCAAUCUACAAUAGCAACGUACAGGUUCCACAUUGAGAAUACAAAUUCUAAUACUACUCAGCUGAGCUGUUACUUCAAAUUUGAAGUUACGGAUAAAAGUGAAAAAAUCCUUUUGCAGGUGUUCCCAUCUUGUUUUUCAAGUGAUGAAUUGAGUGUAGAUAACGGUAAUAACUCGUGUUGUCUGGAUUGCAACCAACCACCUAGUGUUCAUGUAAAUUCGGUUACAGUCUCUUAUAUGUCCAAUAAUACAGAGCUAGGAGAGUUGAAAUUUGUCAUUAAUAUAGUAACGGGAAAAGAUUCAUCACAUUGUUCUUCUUCGGUUACCCGGAUUACCAUUGAUUCAUCACCAGUGAUCAUCACAUCACCAAAUUUUCCGGACAAAUAUCCAAGAUAUACGCAUUGCAGCUACAUUAUUAUAAGUGCAGAUGACCCGACUAAAGAACUAUCAUUGACAUUCGAAGUGAUUAAUCUGGAGAAAAAAUGCUAUGACUGGAUUACAUUGGUAUUGUAUAAUUCUGAGCCCAUCCAGAUAUGUAAUUUAACAAGCACUGACCUUGUUCCACUCAAUGAAAAUUACAUAAGCCAGGGACAAAUAUAUCUUCAAUUCAGUAGCGAUCAUUCAGUUGAAGCGCAUGGUUUUAGACUUCAAGUCAGUCAAGGCAAUAUUGUUCCGAAUGCUCUGACAACAUCUCCACCAACUACAGCAGCAAUUACCGCAGUUAAUGAUUCAGCAGCGUCUACAACACCGUCAACAGCAAUUACAAUAUCAUCUACAACAGCAGAUGCAACACUGUCAACAUUAACAACAACUAACAUGAAAACAACAGUGGAAACAGCACCAACCACUCAAGACAAAUCUACAGAGAAAACAACAGCACCCGCCAAAACUGCCAAAGAUGAGCCUUCUUCCGGUAUAUCGACAACUAUUAUCUCCAUGGCUGUUGUGAUAGGAAUCGUCUCUGUAUGCCUGAUCAGUGUUUUGAUUUACUUUAAAUGUUACAGGAAUCGAAGCACCAAAGAACCUCCGUUUGAGAGACCUUUUCACAAUCCAGCAUACAAUGACUAUGAAAUGCCGGUGAAGACUCAUGCAGACAAGGGAGACGGAUACGAAGAGCUUCCCGUCGACAAAAAAGACGAAAAUGCAUAUAAUAUCUAUUUAUCUAUAAAAGAAUAACAGUUUGAAGAUUUUUUUCAUUAAACAAUUCAUUAAAAAUAUAGAUAGUAUUAAGUAACUAUGAUUAAACUUAGUCUAAAUCAUCAUUACUGUAUGUUUUAGAUUUAACGUUUACCAGUAACUGAUCAGGUAUAGAAUUCUGGAAAAAAAAGUUAUUAUGCUAUUAAAUCAGAUAUUUGUGAAUUGAAAAUCGAUAUUCGGAGGAAAAAGAUUCCCUUGCGAACAUAAGCCUUCAAUAGAUAAAGAUGUUGCUUCUCUCUCUGUUAAGUACUAUAAAAGCUAUUUGUAUGAUUACACUUUGUCCUGUAUCCUAUUAAAUUGAAUAUCAAUUAUACAGUCAUGGAAACAUUGUAUGUGCAUAAUAACUGGAAUUGUGUUAAGAAGUUUUUAUAAUAUGGACUGUUUUAUAUACAUGUAUAUAAUAAACAAAAUUAAGAGUUACGUCAUAAAUUGUAUAAAUAAAGAACAUUAUUCAAAUUAACAGUCUUUUUAUUAUGGAUAUGAGAAAUUGUUGCUAUUUUCUUAUGUUAAAAAAUGUAUUUUCAUGUGUCAUAAUUCUAUUGAAGUUAUUUUUUAUUUAUUUGAUAAUAAAUCAAGAGGAUAGUUUGUUUUACAUAUCACUAGCAGAAAUAUAUAAUUACUGUACUUUCUGGUUCUUUGAAUUAUCAAUAUUAUACUGGCUCUUUCCUUGUACAAGAUAUAUGCAUGAAUAAAAUGUGUAUCUUGCACUCAUUAAAGAUUUUUCAUGUGUUCGUAAGGAUUUGUACAGAAUGUAUUGAUGUGUUGGGGCGUUUGGCAGAUGAUAAUUGCACUUAUUUUACUUUGAUUGUUUGUGGGUUUUUUAAAUGAUAAAACGUUACAUUACAAUUAUUAGCUGAAUUUAAAGGUUGUUUAAAUCUCAUGAAAAUACUUAUAUACCAUCUUGAAAACAUGCAUGUAUUGAUUCUAAGUUAUGCACUCUCAUUCUGUUUUCAAACGAGAAUAAUGAUUUUACCAUUGUCAUAUUUCUAAAAUGUAGUCAAAAUAGGAUAUUUUCUUUUAGAUUCUGAACACCUGUUGCCGCCAACGAAUUCAAUGUAUUUCAUGUGAUUUCACAAGAUCAUUUAUAAUAUAAAUUACUUUGUGGCUAACAUAUGCAGAUUGAGUUUUUAUUUUAAACACUUCUGAGGAAUUGUUGUCUUCUGCUCAGUUUUUUUUUUAAACUGAAAAAUGCACUUUUGAAUGACGACAGAGAAAACGCGGACCUAUGCAAAAUUAGAUUUAAAAUCAGGUGCCCCGAAGGUGUAUGCAUCAUAUG